AUGUUGAGAAGAAGUGGUGUUUUUGGUCUCAAAUUUGUCAAACAUUUGGUUUUUGAACUCAAAGCCAACAAAACUCUAACAAAACAAUCGCUUAUAAACUGUCGACAACUCAUUACUCACUCCCAGUCCUCGCCAGCGAUUGUCACUCAACAGGUCUUCAGUCAAAGCAAAUCCAUUGCCAUGUCUUCGGAGUACAUCUACACGAAUGACACACCGGUGAUUGAAUUGGACGCCGAGAACGCGUUCAACGGUCUGACGGCCGACGAGAAGCUCUACGCCCACUAUCUCUCCAAGAGUUCGUGGUUUGGAUCUCUUGUCUGCUUAUUUCAGACGUCUCCCGAAUCGCCGCUUAUAUUCACUCUCUUUCGCCGCAUAUUCGGCGCCCAAACCAUCGAAGAGUUGCAACAUUUGGCCCAAAGUGUCGCCCAUUUCGAUGACAACGAGUGGCGGGCUUUAUUAGUGUAUUUGUCGGCGUUUUUGUCAAAUAUGGGAAACUAUCGCUCUUUCGGUGACUCGAAAUUCACUCCCGAUUUGCCGCAAAACAAGUUGGAAGCGCUGGUCAUCAACUCGAAGGCCUUCAAAGACAACGAGAAGGAACUUGCCUUCAUUUGGCAAAACGUUAAGCAAAGACUCUAUUCUCUCGACAAACACUAUCUGUCGCUCGGAUUCGCUCCAGAGUGCUUCCUGUCGUCUCCGGAUGUCCUCAUCUCUGUUCGUGUCCUCAACGCCUAA